AGGGGAUCGCGCCUACUUAAAGGAGAAAUAAGAGUGCCUCCACAUUGUGACACGCUUCUGUGCGGACUUAUAAAGCCGCGGGUACUGGACAUAAGCUUUUUAUACCACAUCUGAAAGUAACCGUUUUAGUUCCUUUUCUUAUCUUUGUCGUACUGACACCGAGAAGAAAACAUCCUAAAGGGGAAAUUCACUGUCUGCUGAGAAGACGGAUCAGUGGUUUCUGAAGGAAUUCGGAACUGAAAGGGGCAACACUGAAGAAAAGGGAAGAGCAGAGUAGGAGGAGGAGUACAAACUCACACACGCUGCCCAACAGGUUCUCGUUUGAGGUCACAGAAUUUCUUGUGACACGUCAGGAGAAGGCCAGCGAUGGACGAUCAUUUAGAAGGCUUUUCGAAUGGCAGCCACGACUUCAUGUACUACGAGGACUUUGACUACGGGGAGUUUGAGAGGGGUGAGCGAGGUUAUGACCAGAGGGAGGCACUGCACAUCCUCUCGGUGGUCGUCUACAUUGUGGCCUUCGUGCUGGGCGUCCUGGGCAACGGGCUGGUCAUCUGGGUGACGGCCUUCAAGACCAAGCGGACGGUGAACAGCGUGUGGCUCCUGAACCUGGCCAUCGCGGACUUCGUGUUCGUGCUCUUCCUGCCCGUCUCCAUCGACUACGUCCUGCAGGACUUCCACUGGAGGUUCGGCCAGGCCGUGUGCAAACUCAACUCGUUCGUGUCGGUGACCAACAUGUACGCCAGCGUGCUGUUCCUCACGGUCCUCAGCGUGGACCGCUACGUGUCGCUGGUGCACCCGAGCUGGGCGCGGAGGACGCGCACGGUGGAGCGGGCGUGGUCCGUGUGCGUGGGCGUCUGGGCCCUGGCCCUGCUCCUCAGCUGCCCCUCCCUGCUCUUCCGGGAGACGAUCGAGCUGCGCCACGAGGUGGUCUGCUACAACAACUUCAGCGGCCCGCACGUGCACUUCGCCAUGGUGACGGUGCGCACGGUGGUGGGCUUCCUCGUCCCCUUCGCCGCCAUCAGCGCGAGCGGCGCCCUGAUCGUGCUGCGGGUCCGGCGGUCCGGCGCCGCCCGCAUGUCCAGCUUCUCCAGGACGGUGCUGGCGGUGGUGCUGGCCUUCUUCCUGUGCUGGGCGCCCUUCCACGUCUUCAGCGUGAUGGAGCUGACCGUGCACUCGUCCACGCGGCUGCACGCGGUGCUGCAGACGGGCUUCCCGCUGGCCACCAGCCUGGCCUUCUUCAACAGCUGCGUCAACCCAGUGCUCUACGUGCUGCUGGGCACCAAGGCCCGUCGCAUAGUCCGGCGCUCCUGCCUGGACCUCACCAAGCGCUCGCUGCGGGAGCUCAGCCAGUCCAUCUCCGGCACGCAGUCCAUGUCGGUCCCGGGCAGCGGGGCCACGGAGGAGCCCCCCGCGCACACCUGUGUGUGACCCCCGCAGGGGUACAGAGCAGCGCCACUGCGGACUCUGUGUGGACGGUCAUACACGCCCUGCAUCGGCACAUGUACUCUGCUCAUAUAAUCUGCGUAAACAUAUGCGCAUACACAUUACAUGUGCGCACAUACACUAAAUAUCUACAGGCUUAUUCUGCACACGUACUGCAUAGGUAACAGGGUCGGGGUGAGUUCUGAACUUUUGAGUUCAUUCCAAUUUAGUUUAUGAAUUGACGUUGAAGUUUUUUUUUAAUAUUGGAAUUAAUUUGAAUGAUAGGAAGUAGAAAUUAAUUCAGUAAUAUUUCAAGAAAUUCUACACAUUUCUAGAACAAAGCCUCUAAUAUUUUGACAAAUAUUCCAAAAUCAGUUUCCAAAAUUAUUUGCCACUUGUAUACCAUUUAAAUGCAACCUACCAGCAAUACAAUUUUUAAACUACCAUAGAUGUCAAAUUUUAAGCAAUCAUUUAUUAUGGCAAAUGUAUUUUUAAUUUGAUUUUUAUUUUUUUUAUUUUAAUCAAAUUAAUUACUAAAGACUACAUGCAAACUCCUCUUUAAGUAAGCAGGUUACUGCUUACACAGGCAUAUGCAUGCUGAACAUAGGCUGAUUACACACUCUGCUUAGACUUUACGACUACAUAUGCAUACAUUCCUCUGAAUGUGCUUCCUACCAUUCCUAGUUCCAUCACCUACAGUUUAAGAUAAAAUGCGGGACCCUUUGGUCUCCCAAACCCGAUUUGUUCUGAUAUUUGGCGAGAAACCAAAGCACCUCCAGACUCACUGUUUUCAGUGGAGUUUCAGCCAUUUCCUGUUGUCCCCCCCUCCGCUUGGAAACGGCUGCAUGGCCUCACAGUCACUCCUGGAAUUAAUUAGCCUUUACUUAAAACACUAUGACGUGAAGAGAAUUCUUUUUUUUUCUUCCAGUUAUAUAAAUAAGAAAUACCCAUUUUAUUCCCAGAAAUUCAUUAAGAGGAUAUAAACAAUACAAACAAAUAUCAUUAUAAACAAAUCUGUAACUUUGUAUUAUGAAGUACAUAGGCAUAUAAACAAACUUAUAAACAAUACAAAUAUAAUUAUAAACAAAUCUGUAACUUUAUAUUAUGAAGUACAUAGGCAUAUAAACCACAACUUAGACUGCAACCAUCCAUCCAUAAUCGAACCUGCUUAUUCCUGGUCAGGGUUGCAGGGGGCUGGAGCCUAUACCAGCAUGCAUUGGGCGAGAGGCAGGAAUGCACCCUGGACAGGUCGCUAAUCCAUUGCAGAGCACUCACACCAGACAUUCACUCACACCCUCAUACCUAGGGGCAAAUUAGACGCUCCACUGAACCAAACUUGCAUAUCUUUGGACUGUAGGGGAGGAAAGUGGAGUACCCGGAGGAAACCCACACAGCCACGUGCAAACUCCACACAGUAAGGAUCCUUCUUGUUGUGAGGCAUUAGUCUGCAAGUUCCUAUAAACUCAAAAAAUCCACUCAGUCAACAAAAUAAACAGAAAAGCAAACAUCACACCAGUCUUAUUUGUCUUAUUAGAGUAAACUUUGGACAGAAGACUUGCCAUUUGCAGUCCUAAAUGAUUCCCAGAGGGUAGCAGAAGACCGAGGCAGCAGAACACUCCAAGUAAAAAUAUUAUACUAUACAGCCUUGUGUGUGUACCUCACACCUUACAUACUACUUCAACAGAACUCUUCCAGUGUAAUACUUGCACUCUAUUCAAACUAUAUUUAAUGUGUGUGAGCCCAUUCUCACAUACCCAUAAAGCUGAAACACAAACACACAGAAUACAGGCAUCAAGCUGGCUUGUAAAAAAUGACUGAAUUUAUGACAAAGGCAACGUUUUAUGUCAUUUGGCAGACACAUUUGAACCUUGCCAGCAACAGAAAUCAUACAAAAAUACAAAUGUCAGAUUGUUAGCAUUUUCCUGUCAUUCCUGUCUUGCUGUUAGUUGUGAUAUUAAACACAUGUAGUACAAAUAUUUUUGGUACAAAUAAAACGUGUUAAAAUA